UAUACAGACAAGAAUGAGAGAAUUUACUUAUAUAAGAGAGAAAAAAGGAAAUAUUUGACACGACAAUUUUAAUUUGAAAGAGAAGCCAAGAGAGAGGACUGGGUUUUAGGGUCUCUUCGCUGCAACCUAUUCUCCUUCGUUUCUUCUUCGACGUGAUUCGAUUCUCACACUACUCUUUCGCAAACAAAGACAUCGCUUGCCAGAUUAGAUCUCAUAUUCUUUAGGUUUCUUCGACGGGCUUAUGUACGGUUUCAACCGAAGAGUAGAUUUGAUCGCUUGCCAGAUUAGACCUAGUUUGGGGUAUUAUAGGGCUGUAAAUUUUGCAAACUAUAAGAUUUAUUAUCGCUAGCGCGCUGAAGAUAUGGGUAUGGAUAAGGAGAAUACGAGCCCGCUUUUAUUUGACUUCUCCAAAAAUUGCUUUAAAGUUGCAAACCUUACUGAUGAAGAAACCAUUCUCAACCCUCCUCAUCCUGUAAACGUUUCCAACUUAAAAGAUCGAUAUUUACUUGGGGAACAAUUAGGCUGUGGUCAGUUUGGUGUCGUCAGAGUAUGUUCUGAUAAGUUCACUGGAGAGAGGCUUGCUUGCAAGUCCAUCUCUAAAGACACACUUGUUACUCAAGACGACAUAGAUAGUAUCGAACUCGAGAUUGCUAUUAUGGCCAAGUUAGCUGGGCGGCACCCAAACGUUGUGAAUCUUAAAGCGGUUUACGAGGAGGAAGAUUCCGUGCAUCUUCUGAUGGAACUAUGCGCAGGCGGUGAGCUUUUUGACAGGAUCGAGAAAUCUGGAAAGUAUUCGGAGUUCCAUGCUAGGGUGCUCUUCAAGCAAUUGAUGCAAGUGGUCAAGUUCUGUCACGAUAGCGGUGUUGUCCACAGAGAUUUGAAACCUGAGAACAUUCUUAUGGCCACAAUGUCUUCUUCAUCUCCUAUCAAACUGGCUGAUUUUGGGCUCGCAACCUUUAUAAAGCCUGGGGAAAAGUUGAGCGGCACAGUUGGCAGUCCUUUUUACGUUGGCCCUGAAGUGUUGUCAGGGGGAUAUUAUAACCAAGCUGCUGAUGUAUGGAGUGCAGGCGUUAUUUUGUACAUUCUUCUCAGUGGAGUACCUCCCUUUUGGGGAGAGACUGACUCAGAGAUUUUUGAUGCUGUGGGGGCUGCAGAUUUGAGUUUUUCUGAAGAGCCAUGGGACCAUAUAACUUCAUACGCCAAGAAUUUGAUCUGGGGGAUGCUUUGUGUUGAUCCUUCCCAAAGGUUAACAGCUGAUGAAGUACUAGCUCACCCGUGGUGGAUGGAGCAAUUAUCUGAAUCAGGAUAUGAUCAGGAGGAUGGGUUUGGCUGUGAAGGAUUGGAGAAUGAUGGUGGAUGCUCUUUCUCCACACAAUGUGUAUCUCGAGAACAAGAUUCUAGCUUUAGUAGCAUGGCACAAUUAGAUUGCAAAUCAUCAUUCUCGUCUUUCUCCACACAAUGUGUAUCUCGAGAACAAGAUUCUAGCUUUAGUAGCAUGGCACAAUUAGAUUGCAAAUCAUCAUUCUCGUCUUUCUUACCUGCUGCUGAUAACAACACACUGCCAAAUUCCGGUUUUGGUGGGUUUUCUUUUGAUGGGAACCAACCCUCAGCUGGAAAACUUGGAGACUCAAGCCCAAAGAGGUCACCAGAUUCUUCUUCACAACUUGAUAGGCGUGAGGAAGCAGGGGAGAAUCAGACGGAAGCAGCAGGAAAGUCAGAGACGAAGAAGGGAAAGAGGAAAUUAACUGGUCAAAAAUGUCAGGACUGCACAGCAAAAAGAAAGAAGAUAACUGUUAUCAGUAGUAAAAUAUUGUAUGUACUCUGA